AGUUUAAAGGGCUUAUUUGCCAAUCCACAGGUUUACAUACCAAGAGGAACAAAACAGCCACUUCUAUGACACCUUGAAGGCCUCAGCCUGUAUGAAUGGAGGGAAGGAAGAAAUCUCAGAGUGGUCAGAUGAAGACACUCCCAAGAAGGGCCUGGAGGUCAAUGGGCAUGAGGAUAUAAAGGUACCAGGCGUGCGGGUGCGAGCACUGUAUGAUUACACAGGACAAGAGGCUGAUGAGCUGAGCUUUAAAGCAGGAGAAGAGCUCAUGAAGAUCAGUGAAGAGGAUGAACAGGGUUGGUGCAAAGGCCGGCUCCAGAAUGGUCAGGUUGGACUAUAUCCUGCUAACUAUGUGGAGAAAGUCAUUUCAUGAUUACUUUCCCCAUUGCCACUACCUUAUGAUGUGCAGCCUGAGUGUAACUCCUUCAGAGGUCACAAAAAUCUGUGGCCUCCAACUUGCAUCAAAAAUCGUGUGCAACCAAUCUGGACCUUUUUGAGGACAUUCUCUUCUUGUAACCAGUACAUAAUUUUAAACAUCUAGAAAUAUGGUGAUCUUUUUUUCUAAUAAAGAUACACAAACUUUU